AUGAGCGCUACAUUUUCCUACGCGCAAGCCGCCAAGGGCGUCUCUGGGAGUGCAGCCCCCAGCAAGAUCGCAUCUACAGAGCCAGAGAAGUCUGAAUCCAAGACUGAAGAGCCAACUGAGAGUGUUCCAGUCCUGGCUGAGUCCGUGACCACCGCCUCCGAGACCGAGACACCGCAGGAAACUGCUACUGCCACGACGAGCGUGGACGAUGAUGCUGAGUUCACUACUGUGACUAGCAAGCAUGCUCACCGAUCCAAGGCUAACAACUCCCGGACCUCGUCCCCGAGCGUUCGGUCAAAUGCCACACAAUCGAAGGAGGGCGAUGCCUCCAAUACUACCAACGGAACCACCGACGCUUCCUCUGAGAAGCAGGACACCAAGGCUGACAAGUCUGAGAACGGCUCAGAGACCUCGAAGGAGAAGACUGAAAAGUCGGACAAGUCUGAGAAGUCUGAAAAGGCCACUCCUCCCAAGGAGCUGAAAGCUGCUCCUCUCCCCUCCGUGAACAUCUGGCAGCAAAGGAAAGAGGCCCAGGAAGCCAAGGCCAAGGCUGCCCCGCUGCCCGUCAUUCCCAAGGUUAAAUCCGAGGAGUGCCAACAAGACUCUGGCAAGGCCAGUUCGAAGAAGAAGGGCGCCGAUGGUGCUUCGGAAGGUACCAAGGGCAAAAAGUCCGAUGGCAAGGGUCGUGAUGAGGCUCUGCCCCCCGUUGCGGAUGCUUCAUUAUGGCCUACUCCUGAGGUCGCGGUGGGCGAGGAGAAGAAGAAGGCCCAGGAAAAGACCGACAAGCCCGAGAGGACGGACAAGAGCCCCGCCGCUCGAACCCACGGCAAGGAGAAGUGGAUGCCCGUCAACUACGUUCCUACUGCUGUUUUCAACACCCCUCUUCCAACACCGUCUGGCCGCGGUGGCCGCAGAGCCGCUCGUGGUGGACGUGACGGUGGACGAGGUGGCGCUCAUGGAACCGGCGCUACCGCCGGCGAGAAGGCUGCCUCUGGACAGGCUGCCCAGGGUUCAGCAGCCAAGCAAACCCCCGGCGAGCGUGGACGCAAUGAGACCGGCAGCAGUCGUGCCGCUUCUCUUCCCGCACAGUCUAGACGCUCCACCAGCGCUGAUGUUACCAACCAAGAUUCUCGAAAGGGCCAUGCCGCGGACCGUGGCCGUGGUGGCCGUGGUGCUGAGGAGGCCACUACGAACGGCAAGCAGGUCAACGGCGGCGAGCAUUCCACCCGCCCCCAGCGUGAUGGCAAGCAAUUCCCCCGGAAUCAAGAUGCCCGCACUGGUGACCGUCAAACGAAGGGCGCUCACCUGGCUGUCGACUCUCAGGCCGCGGCUCGUGCCAACGAACGCCGUGCCGAGUCAGGCUCCAAGUCUGCAGACUUGAGCCGUGAUACUACUGGUUUCCAGGACUUCAACCGCGAGCGCGGUGACUCCCGUGCGGAGCGUGGAGGUCGCAAUGCCAACCGCGGCCGUGGACCCUACUCCAACUUUGGCCAGAACCCUCAGUUCGGCAUGGCCAACAACUUUGUGCCCGGCAAGUUCGGCUUUAACGACCGCCAGCGAUCUCAGCAAGGAGUUCAGAAUGGUCAACAACAGAACAACCGGAUGCCUCUGCGUUCACCCUCAUUGCCUGCUGCUGGUGGCAUGUACAACAAUGUCUAUCCAUUCCCUGCAGAGGUCAACACCAUGUACCCCUCCUAUCCUAAUGUCGCUCCCAGCCCUAUGAGCGCGGUCCCGUACCAGCAGUACAUGGAGCCUUUCAACCUCAUGACUAUGCUGUCUAUGCAACUUGAGUACUACUUCUCGGUUGACAACAUGUGCAAGGACAUGUUCUUGCGUCGUCACAUGGACUCCCAGGGCUUUGUUCCUUUGGCUGUCAUCGCCAGCUUCAAGCGCGUCAAGUCCCUGACUGAGGACUUUGAGAUGCUUCGUCACGUUUCCCGCGGUCUUCGCAACGUCGACUACCUAAUCGGCGAGGAUGGUGUGGACCGUCUUCGCCCCAAGGAGAGGUGGGCGCAGUGGGUUCUUCCCGUUGACCAGCGCGAUCCUUCCGCUCAGCAUGAGGGUGCUUCUGCCGCCAAGCACUCCUCAAAGAACGACGAGAACGUCCCCAUCAACAGCCAUGUCGACGGCACUCCUAAUGGCUCGAUUCAGAACGGUCCCCGUCAAUUCGUCCCCAAUGGAACCCCAUCUCGCGGGCCCCAGACGUUGCUUUCGUCCACAGCACCCGAGUUCCAGCCGGCACAGAACGAAAUUGCCAAUGUAGGACCUCCCCAGGAUUAUUCCUCUCUUUCUGCAGCCAGCCCCCAAAUGGAAGGCUCUUUUACUACCCAUUCGGACAACCCAUGUAUUGACAAUCCUCCUUCAGCGUGCGGACUAAGUUCGCCCCCAACCCAAUCGUCCCCCCCUCGGUCUGUAAUGGAGCACCCUUCACCUAGGUUUGUUGAUUCUCCCCCCUCGUGCAUGCUCCAAAUGAUGGCUGACCCGUACUCUGUGGUUUUGUUUAGCCUUCACGCGGAUCAGAAACAAGGCUCUCCGUCCGGCUCUGUUACUGCUCCAAUGAAGAAGCCCCCGAAGAGGAAAAACCGGUCGUCCAAACCGAAGGGAUCGAAAACCCCUGACCCUAAAAGUUUCACCUCUCCUCACAACUACUCCGAAAAUUCCCCUUUCUACACCCCUUGGGGACGGUCGUCAGCAACCGAAUCUGGGGCACAGAAUGGCCCUCCUUAUCGCACCUGGUCACAGUACCUUCUCCGCAAUUUCGAUCCGCAACUGUACAAUGAAUUUAGGCAAUUAGCCCUUGAUGAUUAUUUCACACGACACGUCGACUAUGGAUUCACCGCUCUGAUGAGUUACUAUCAAGCCUCUCUCCUCAGUCCUACCGGUACCCCCGAACAGGUACUUGCCGACAUCGUCCACCUGUCCGACGACAGAAGAACGAACCUCAACUCCGAGGUUUUCGACCUUCUCUGCUCGUCCAUGGCGAGUGGUGCCAUGCAUGAUUUCAACCGUCGCACCGUUGGAUGCUUCUACAAUGAGGUGUUUGGCGGGAGACAACAGGCGUGGAGGAACUUCUCUGCUUGA